CUGGAGACUGCCCCAUCCUGGUCCCAGCUGCAUGCUCCCCGGGAUGCUCUGAGCGUCUCCUCUGGAGCCCCACAGAACAGCAGCCAGAUGGCCUGUGACUCAAAAAUCCCAGACUUCCUGGAUGCGUUUCUCCGAGACUUCCCAGCCCCGCUGAACCCGGAGAGCCCCUUGCCAUGGAAGCCCUGGGGAGCAGUGCUGAGCCAGGAGGAGGUGGAGGGUGAGCUGGUGGAGCUGGCGAUGGACUUCCUGAGCAGCAGGAAUGCCCCACUGCCACUUGCUGCAGCUCUGACCCACGAGGCCAUUUCCCAGAUGCUACAGACUGACCUUUCGGAAUUUAGGAAGUUGCCCAGCCAAGAAGAGGAGGCAGGGGAGGACAAGGAGGAAGAGAAGGCCACAGAAACCUUGCUAGAUGCCACAGGACUGGCACGGAGUUUCUUUAACCAGCUCUGGAAAGUAAGUGACGAGUGGCAGAAGCAGGUGCCAGUUACUGCGCAGACCCCACAGAGGGAGUGGGUGGUCUCUAUCCACGCCAUCCGGAACAGUCGCCGCAGGAUGGAAGACCGGCAUGUGUCCCUUCCUGUCUUCAACUUGCUCCUCGGCUUGUCUGACCCUGUGGACCGUGCAUACUUUGCUGUGUUUGACGGUCAUGGAGGCGUGGAUGCCGCGAGGUAUGCUGCAGUCCACUUACAUGUCAACACCGCCCGCCAGCCAAAGCUACUUACAGACCCAGCAGAAGCCCUCAAAGAAGCCUUCCGACACACUGAUGAAAUGUUUCUCUUGAAAGCCAAGCGAGAGCGGCUGCAGAGUGGCACCACAGGCGUGUGCGCACUUGUUGCUGGAACAACCCUGCACGUCGCCUGGCUCGGGGACUCCCAGGUCUUCCUGGUGAAACAGGGACAAUUGGUGAAGUUGAUGAACGCACACAGACCUGACCAACCGGAGGAGUGGGAGCGCAUCCAAAGACUGGGUGGCUUUGUGGUUUUCCUGGAUUGCUGGAGAGUCAAUGCGACCCUGGCCGUCUCUAGAGCCAUUGGGGACAUCCUCCAGAAGCCCUAUAUAUCCGGGGAGGCAGAUUCGGCCUCCUGUGAGCUGACUGGCUCUGAGGACUACCUGCUGCUCGCCUGCGAUGGCUUCUUCGACUUCGUCUACCUCGAUGAAGUCACCAGCCUUGUCCAUGGUCACCUGGUCAAACAGGAGGGCAAUGGGCUCCAUGUUGCUGAGGAGCUGGUGGCUGUGGCCCGGGAGCGAGGCUCCAGUGACAACAUCACGGUUAUGGUGGUCUUCCUCAGGGACCCCCGAGAGCUGCUGGAGGGUGGGACCCAGGGGGCAGGGGACUCCCAGGCAGAUGUGAGAAGCCAGGACUUGCCCUCUGGCCUCUCAGAUCCCAAGACCGACACUCCUCAGAAAAGCUAGGUGGUCCAGUUCCCCCCUCACCCCACCCCGACCCUUCCCUCCACCUGUGUGAGUCUCGUCAGAGGUCUCAGGACCUGACAGUCAGUAGUGGGCAGGGUGCACCACCCACACUGUGCUUGCCCCAGCACCCCAAGACCGCUGGCGGUGUGUGCUAUAGCCUGUUCUGGUAACUGCAGAAUUGCUCCAGGCAGGGCUCGGAAGCAGGCGUAGGGAAAAGACCUUACCAAAGUGAAGAUGGCCCAGGAUGUGGCCUGGCUCUUUCUCCUACCUCUCAUCAAGGCAGGGGUGGGCCCAGAAAUCUCAAGCAUCUGGUAGCAGCCUGACCAAAGACAGGGUGUGCAUGUGGAGCACUGGGGGACAUGCGCGGGGGACCCCCCCCAGCAGACCUCAGAGCUCCAACCAUCUUCAGGCACAUCCUGGGGUCAGGUCAAGCAGACAGGAUAUCCAUCCUGGCUUUCUUACGGCUUCUCGCCAUGGCCGUGGCUAUGGAUGGCCGUGGUGGGAGGAAGGGUCAUACUGAGGGAUAGGUCUGGCACGUCCUGGUUCACCAUGCUGGCUUCCCAAAGAAGAGAGAGCAACCUUGCUGGAAAGAGAGGGAGGCCAGGGAUCUGGUCCGCGGCCACCCAGGAUGUGUUAGGGCCCACAAGACCCUCUUCCUGCUUGCCUUGAGGGCCCUGGGGAGGUAAAGCUCUGCACUUACUGACACAAGACGUGUGUGUCAUUUGUUUGGGUUUUAUUCCAGGAAAAGUCUAAUUCAGAAGCAGUAUUUCAGAUUUUGUCUUUGUUUUGUCAGUGCCAAAAUGACCCACAGUGUCAUAUAAUUUAAGCAGAGCUUAGUGUUUAUUUCUUAGAAAACUUAAGUAUUUACUUUUUGGGUUGGUUUUUUUGUUUGUUUGUUUUCCUAUUUUGGAAACAUUUUCAUUGCAGUAUUACUGAAUUUUUUUCUUUUUUUUUUUUUUUCUAAAUCAGGAUUGAAGCAGAAACUUUUCCAGGUGGUGUUAAUAAGCCGCUUAAGUGCCUUACACGGCUGUGGGAGAUGAGGCUUGCUGGUCUGCCAUAGAUUCUGACAGGCCCGUUGAAGUUCUUACAGAAGCAGCAUUUGUUUUGCUAGGAAGGCGUGAUUUGGGUUAGAAAUCUCCCUGGAGUUCUUUUCCUUCUUUGUGUUGCCAGGCAGCCCCCAAGAGCCUUGCCGGAAUGAUUGGCAGGAGCCAUGGGUGGGACUGCUGCCUGGGCCCUGCUGUGCUGGUCUCGCUGCUACUUGAGUAGAAUGUUCCAGAAUACCUUUGUGUAUUUGUAAUCACACUGGUUUCUUCAGGGGGAGAUGUUUAAGAGGCUCUGGGAAGCCCGGAGGCAGCCCAGUGUCUUGGCUUUGUCUGGAGGCAGGGGUGGGAUGCUGCUGGCAAUCUGACAGCCCCGGCCACAGCCCCAGUCCCCCACCCCCAGGCUGGUGUCCUCCCCCGCAGGGCUUUGUCCUGUAGCUGCAAGAAGGAAAGGCUCCAAGUCCCCUUGAAUACUGGGAAGUUGAGGCCCAGAGUGAUGAUACUUGGGUAUCUCAAGGAGCUUGCGUAGUAUAUGCAGAGUUGAAAGUGGCAGGACUGGGGAGGCGGCCAAGCAGAGGGCAGGGACAGGGCAGGAAAGAAGGGCCCUGGAGGCCCGUGGAGAGCAGCCUCAGAGGGAAGUGCUGAGCAGCAGUAGGGCUGCUCCCACAGAGGUCCAAAGGGCGGUGGAUGGCUUAGCUAAGGCUUGUGACAGGGACAGUAAGAGGAAGUUUGGCCAUGAGAUCCCUGCAGAAGUGAUCAGAGUCCACCUGCAGACAACAGGGUACCAGGAAGCUCUGCAGAGUUGCGCUCAGCGCACCUCGCCCUUCUCCCAGCUCAUGGAAAGGACAGGUGUGCAAGACGCCCCGGCCAAGUCUACAGCUGCAGGAAGGGCAGAGCCGGCCCUGGUGGCUCCUCAGCUUCUCCCCUCAUUCCCGCAGUGAGGCUUCAGGAGAUGAAACCAUACCGCUAAGGCCUUGCUCAGUGUCCUGAUUUAAGCAUUGCCAUUCAGAGAAUGGUUGGCCACCAACAGUGACUAGGCAGUGCUUACCUUAACUGAGGCCCAGAAGCCAGGACCCCUCAUGUCCUCUCAGCAGAGGGCUGGGCAAGGUGCAGGGAUGUGGCUCUAGCCUUCACUACUAUCCCAUCCUGCUCAUGGCAGUGACCUUGACCGAGAGAGGGAGUUUUGGCUUGUUUUUCUUUGCUUUGCUAAUCUUAUUCUAUCAUUGCUGCCAAGAGAGGAGUUGUGCCCCAGUGACAUUUGGAUCAUACCCAUUGCUGGUCUGCUUUAUUCUCUGGCCUGAGGCUCUGCCAGACCUCCUCUCAAGCUUGCCAAGAGGGAGGUCCCUUCCCCACACUUGUCUGAACACCUCCCCACCCCCCGGAGCAGGGCUGCUCUGCCGUGCGGACUGCCAAGGCCCUGCAGGCGGAGGCCUGGGUCACCACUGGGGUUGGCCAGGGACUGGCCUUGCACUAGCUUCUGGGCACAGAAAAGGACCUCCCUAGCCAGGGACACCAUUCUGAAAAGCUGAACCCCAUUUCAAAGGCCAGCUUGGCCACCAGCUCAGUGUAUGAGCUGAGCAAGUCUUCGCACCCUUGUGGGCCUCCGUUUCCCUUUUGUUAGGCAUAGGGAUUGCACAAUGUCUGCCGAGGCUCCAACCGGGAAUUCUGGAAAUGUAGGGGCUACUCGAGGUGAGCCUGGCACAUCCUGAGGAGAUGCUGCCAGCACUGAAGGCCCCUCCCCUUUUGCCAGCAGGGAGGGGUGAUUAAGUAUUAUUAGUGUCUAUUCUUAAAAUUAAGUGGGUUGGAAAAGAAUCAACUUACAGAUGCCAGCACCUUAUAUGGAAUACAAAAGCUGGAGAAAUCAAACCCUGCUUUUACAGGUGCUGCUGAUCCCCAACUGAGUCCUGCAGGGUGGUAGAAUUAGGAGGGGCAGGAAGGCAUAGCCAAUUCUCAAGGGUGUCCUCGUCAAAAUUCAGGCUUGAGAGUAUGUUUCAGGGGUGUAGAGCCAUGGUGUGGGUGUCACAGCCUUUGGGAUCUCAGACUCCCUGAGACCUUGACUAAGCCCCUGCCUGACCAUGGUCUGUUUCCUGCCCUCCUGGGGCAGCAUGCAGCCCCUGUCCUCGCCCUCCCCUGCCAUGGCAUGUUCCAGUGUGGGCAUCCCGGCUACCUCAGCAGUAUUUCCAGGACUGGGAAGACAGUUCUGGUCACUCCUAAGGCCUGGCCCCCAACCCAUGCUGCCUGGAAGCCAGGUAGACCUGUGUAAAAUAAGCUGUGUUUCUGGUUUAAUUUGCCUCCGUAGUCCAAAAGGGGCAGACCCCAGAGUCCUGUGCUUUUGUUGAGACUCAACUUUGCCAAAUGCGCCGAGCUUUGCCAUUCAUGUGCCAUAUGGGCCUUGCCAAGGGUUUUUCUGUGCACACUUGCGGGGGCUUCCUGGGAGUUGUGUUUUCGCACAGCAGGGGAUCUUGUACCGAGACAUGACUGUUUUCCCUGGUCUUGGGGACAAGUUCCAAGGUGAAGGGACCAAAAAGGUAAUCUCUUCCCAGGAGCCUGCCAUGCUGAAGUGUCAAUAAACCGUGAGUUCCAAGA